AUGUGUCUAGAAAAGGCACAAGAAGUGUUUGUGGGUUUUGCUUUGUGGCUGGGGUUGCCUCCGUACCCAGCUUCAAAUGAGCUUUUGGCGGCUUUUCUUGCUUGGUUGGAGCUUUCCAAGAGAGUAUCGGAGAUGCCAAUUUGUUUGGCAGCAAUAGCUAGAGAGCACAAAUUAAGGGGCUUGGUAGACCCAACGAAGG